AGAAGCGUAGUAGCGCAGUCGCAGUCGGCGCACAAGUCGUUCGAAGAGAGGAAAUUCGCGCACUGCUGGACUCUCCCUUGGAUUUUUCUUGUGGAUACAAAAUUAUAACGCCGUAUAAAAGUAUAAAGAGGGAAUAAAAAUGGCGACGCUGGGACCGGACUCUCGUCCCAAUUCCCAGCUCGCCUCUGGUUCAGUCCAAACUAGCAGCAGUUUGGGCUCCCACAGCAAUAUGCCCCUUAACCGGGGUCUUGAACGCGCUUUGGAAGAAGCGGCGAACUCCGGGAUUUUGAACCUCAGCGCUAGAAAAUUAAAAGAAUUUCCAGUAACUGCUCCGAAGCACGAUCUGUCGGAUACAGUAGAUGCAGACCUGUCCAGGAACCGCCUGACAGACAUCCCAUCUGAGGUGUGUCAUUUUGUUGCCCUGGAAAACCUGAACCUCUAUCACAACUGCAUCAGAACCAUCCCCGACAUCAUCAUCAACCUCCAGUCGCUCACCUCCUUAGACCUCAGCCGGAACCAGAUCUCGGCUCUGCCUGCCUGCCUGUGUGAACUUCCACUGCGCGUCCUCAAUGCCAGCAACAACAAGCUGGGAGCUCUUCCUGAAGCCAUAGGCCAGCUCAGGGACCUGAUGGAGCUGGAUGUUAGCUGUAACGAGAUCACCGCCCUGCCCAGACACAUCAGGAGGCUUCGGGCCCUGAGGGAGCUCAAUGUGAGGAGGAACUUCCUGUGCACACUUCCGGAAGACCUGGCGGAGCUGCCCCUGGUGAAGCUGGAUGUCUCCUGCAACAAGGUCACCAGCGUGCCCCUCUGCUACAGAAAGAUGAAGCAGCUACAGUCCCUGCAGCUGGACAAUAACCCCCUGCAUAGCCCACCUGCACAGAUCUGCAUGAAGGGAAAAGUGCACAUAUUUAAGUACCUGAGCAUGGAGGCGUGUCGGGGUGACAAGAUGGCCGAUUCUCUCUACCUCCCCGUCAUGGAGGGCCUGUCUCACCCCUCCUCUGGCAGCACUGAGGACAUAGAGCAAAUUAAGAAACAGGACACAGACUCUGGGGUCGGCAGUGACAAUGGGGACAAGAGGCUGUCAACCACUGAGCCCUCGGAUGAGGACAGCCUGAGUCUGAGCAUGCCCAUGUCUCACAUCACCGAGGAGCGGGACCUGUGCAAGGAAGACUCCAGCGACCACAUCAGCGCUCUCACAGCCCUCCCAGUGGACCCCCAGCCAAGCUCUGUGCAGGGGAUGGACGGUGAAGGCUCUGAGGAACAGAUGGAGCAGUCUGACCUAACUUCACCAUUUGCCAACUACAUCAAGGGCCGGGCGUCGGACUUCAGCGAGCCCCUCAGGAUAGAGGAAGACACUAGCUGGGCCUCAGAACAGACGUCACAGGUCACAGAGGGCUCAGAGAUCCACAUUGAUAUGAUCAGCCAGCUGAAGGAAGCAGUGGAGAUGUUACAGGAUCCAGACAGGCUGAACCGUGAGCCCGCAGAACUGUCCGGAGUGCAGCUUUACCCGGUGGAAAUGGUCACGGCAGAUGAGUCACGCAAUGGGCAGGACAGUAUUGAUGGCCAACCCACAAUCGAGAGUCAAAGUUCAGAUGGAAGCCUUGAGUUCCAGAGGAAACGGGACUGUAUUCUAGAGAGGGCCAGGCUUGAGGCCCAACUUGCAUGCCAGCAGUUUGAAAAACAGGUGUCGCCCCAGGGAAAAGAGAAGAAUUCAACCAUGUCACCGUCAUCAAGCUCAGCGCCCUUUGGCCUCAAGCCCCGAUCCGCCCCUCCCUCGCCGGCUUGCUCCCCGCCCUGUCUCAGCCCCCUCACACAGGCCCUGUCCGCCGAUAGUGACCCCUCCCCCUGUAGCCCUGAUGAAGGAAGCGAGCAGAGCAGUGUGUUUCUGAGGAACUCUAAGAGCCUGGAGUCAUCAGACCCCCAGUUCACCAUGCGCCGCAAGAUGGAGCAGCUUCGCGAGGAGCUGGAGAUGAUGGGCCAGCUCAGGGAGAUUAUUGAGAGCAGACUGAAGAUGGUACUGUCCGAGGACCUGGGAGGUGCCCUAAUGGAUGGGGUGGUGCUGUGCCACCUGGCCAACUACGUCCACCCUCGCUCUGUUGCCAGCAUCCACAUUCCUUCGCCUGCCGUGCCCAAACUGAGCAUGGCCAAGUGUCGGAGGAAUGUAGAGAACUUCCUGGAAGCCUGCAGAAAGCUGGGCGUCCCUGAGUCGGCCCUGUGCUCAGCGUACGACGUCCUGCAGUCGAACCUGCGGCCCGUCCGGAACACCGUCCACGCCCUGGUGGCACUUGAAGCUGUUGGGGAGGGCGGGGUCGGGAGCGUGGGGGCAGUCACCGCCACACAGGCCCCGCCCCCUGCCUGGCAAUUCUGGGAUCUGAUUGGCUCCAGCCUCUUGCACCUUUUCUGUCUGAUCCUGCUGUUUGUGGUGUACAGUCUGAGUGAGCUAGUGAGCUAACAUCACACUGCCCCUGCAGGUGGUGUCUGCCGCCAGUACUCCUCCUUCUCUCUCUUGUCUUCUCUUCUUUUUCCCCCUGCCCCAGCAUUGCUGUAAGGUUGUAACAAGGUAGCGGCAACGGGAGGAGGGUGUUAGCAAUUCAUUUGGGAGAGACAGGAAUGUACCAUGUGCACCUAUGUGUGCACACAUGCACACACCUUGCAUUUAGAUACUAAGCUUUAUUUAUGUAUAUUUACACGAUAAGAACAUGGUCUCUACACUUAUGCAUGCAAAGACAUGUAAACAUACAUUUGCACUUCUUAUUGGCCAGUUUACUUGUUAAAGAAAUCAUAUUCACAGGUUCCAUUAAUUCAUUACAAAAUAAAUAAUUAGAAUUCAACAGGUUCUGUUCUCAGUUCAUAUAAUAACGCAGAUUAACAGAUUAACAGAUUAGAUGUACUUUACUUAGAUUUUCAGAAUGAAUGUGAUAUGGUUCACUGAAUCCCUCCAAAAUAUGGCACAAAAGUAAAUGGCUGGCCCAAAUGGUGGGGCACAGAUCCAAUAAUAAUGUAUGGUCUCAUUGUUGCACAUUUACAACUUAAAUCUAAAGGAAUUACAUCUCUUUUUUAUAAUGGAUAAUAGAUUCUGUUCAAUAUAAUCUUAGCGUUUUGCUGUCUAAUCCUAAGAGUAAGUAAAGUGGGUGAUAUUUUGCACAUGCAGAUGCACAUGUAGGUUAGUGUAAAGAGGUGCAAUGACUGGGCAUGACGCAGGAGAUAAUUUACUUGUUCUGAUCCUCACUGUCCCAGAAUCCCAUGUUCACUUCCUAUCCUCACGAAGUCACUUAUCUUACCAGAAUAUUAGGGGUUCUGGACAGGGGAUGUUCAUGAGCUCACACCCGUAUUCAGUCCUGUUUUGUACUGUUAGCUCUGCGCCAAUUAUAAUUUCCUUUUUAUGAAGACUUUUUUAUAUAGAUUUUUUAAUUGUACAAUGUUGCAGUGUUACAAAAUUUGAUAGCUAAAUGACUGAUAAAUGAGAGGGUCUUAGCUGCUGUACAUAAUUAAUGACUGAGAGUACAUAUAAAGGGCUUAGAUAUUGUGAAUGUAUGCUGCAGAACACUCCCACGCUCCUCGUCGUAAAUGCGAGUGUUUUCAGUCGUUCGGACUGCACCGUGUACAGUAAGGCAGCCCUGUCUCUCCAAUGAGUCCGUGCUGAAGCAGGAUGAGAACUCUCCCACAGACACGCAGUGUCAACUCGGUCUCCACAGGCUGUGAACAGAAACGACUCGGCGUUUGUUCUCAUUUUUGGCCGUCAUGCGGCGUGAAUUACGUUUUCCAGCACAGACAACAGAAACGAACUGAUCUGGAAAUCUCUCAUUUCGCUGUCUGGUAUUGUACAUUAGACCAAGGUUCCCCACCCUCUGUUCCAUAACAAGGACCUCAAAUAUGUACUACACUAUGCCUAUGGCUACCUACUUCAAAAAAAUGCUUAGUGUUUGAGGCGACAUAGCUCAGGAGGUAAGACCGAUUGUCUGGCAGUCGGAGGGUUGCCGGUUCAAACCCCGCCCUGGGCAUGUCAAAGUGUCCUUGAGCAAGACACCUAACCCCUAACUGCUCUGGUGAAUGAGAGGCAUCAAUUGUAAAGUGCUUUGGAUAAAAGCGCUAUAUAAAUGCAGUCCAUUUACCAUUUGUUUGACAUUUUUAGCCAACACCACUUACAGGCUGUAGUACAAUGGCACUUUUACACACUUGGCCAUAGAAGCAUGUCUAACAAAUACCAUCUGUAUAUCUAUGUAUUUUGUAUGAUAUAAAUAUGUGAUAGAUUACAGUGGUCAUGAUAAUUAUUAACAAGGAUGUGUAAAACAGGCUUUAUUGUAAAACAAGUUUAUCUUAUGUCCAAAGUUGGAAGUCAAAUUGUGUUAUUUAUGAAUAUAGAAAUAUAAGCUUUAGCAUUAUUCUUAAGUGGAAAAUAUGUAUUUCUGCCAAGGACCUCACAACUUCAAGAAACCAAAUUUGGGGAUCCCAGUAUUAAGCUGUGUAAUGAAUACACAAUGUGUGCAGAAUCUACUCAGCAUGAUGCCCCAGAUGUGACCCUGGAGGUGGAACACUUUACCUCUUUUUUUUUUUUUUUUACAUUUGAUUGGUUACCCUUUAAAUGCUGGUAGCCACACCAGAUGCUCGACUUGUUGCCAUGUCAACCUGGUAAUUUUAUGCUAUCAGUCCACCUGCUCCAUUUCAGCUUAACCCACAAUCAGCACAGAACCUUUUUGUGAUACUGGUAUUUUUUAUGAUUGUAUAUCUGGAUACUUUAAAUUGCACAGUGAAUAAAUGGUAACUUUGCAUUUGUACUCCAUCUUAGCUUUAUUUUGAGUUGGUCUGUGUACAGUUAUUCUCUUCUGCUGCGACUGAACUACAACCAACCAAAACUGUGGGUAGGGAUCCAAUGGUGGAUAAUUUAAUCUAUAUAAUACCCUUUCCACAGGUAUUCACACCAGUGACACCAAACACUGCCCAUGCAGUGCAUGGACAAAGUAUAUGACAUAUAUUUAAUGAAUGUAUUUAAAAACAAAUCAGUAUUUGAACUUAUGUCAGGCUGCACCUUAAUAAGGAGAGGGUAUCAUCACUAAGUAGAUCAUGGACGAAAGUUUGGGAGCCCCUACUGUACUCGAUUUAUUAAUUUUCCAUCAUUAUGUCACAAUCACAAGCAAAGCUGAGUAUUCGUGAAUUAGAUGCUGGGUUUUAUUUAUGCAUUUAUUAUAUUUAAAAUGACCAUUGUCUUGUACUGUAACUCCAGUGCUUUUUAGGGCUAAAAUUGGUUGCUUUUAUAAAGAAAGGGCAGGAACAUUAAGCCUGGUGUUUGAAGUUUCUGGUCUUUUGUGUAAAGAAAAUGUGAAAGGGCAAGUGAGGCCAGGUCAAACAGGGGCCUGUGUUCACAAUAUCCACUGCAAGGCGCUUGUGUUCAUAAUGUCCACCGGAGGGCGCUUAUGUUCACAAUGUCCUCCAGAGGGCGCUUAUGUUCAUAAUGUCCACCGGAGGGCGCUUGUGUUCAUAAUGUCCACCGGAGGGCGCUGGUGUUCACAAUAUCCACUGCAGGGCGCCUGUGUUCGCAAUGUGCGCUGCAGGGGUUUGUUGUGCGAGCAGGAAAAGCACAGAGGGACUAUGCAGCGUGGCUGGCCCUGACUAGCCUCAUUAGGCUAACAGCUGUGCCUGCAACACACUCAGUUUGUUUUAAUGAAAAAAGACACCACAGAGGGGCUGCACUAAUGGUGGGUAUUUGUUUGUCUGACCUAAAUUAGUCACACAAUAGUUUUCAGGUGCUUUAUAUCUCUGGGACAUUGUGACAGGUAUUGGUAUGGCCACAGGCGCUCUAUGGCUAUUAUCGGUCUCUCUCACACCUGCACACCUACACACAUGCAUGCACACACCCACACACACACAGUUUAUGUUCUCAUGGUUCUUGUUGCUUGUACCAUAUGUAUGAUUUUUAUGAUUACCAUAUGUAUGAUGUUCUCUGUACUGCCCUCUCCAUCUACAUCUUUCUCCUCCCCGUCUCUCUCUUUUGCUGUCUGUCUGUCUUUCCCCCUUUGCUAUAGGACAAGUUGUGUCUGCCCCAUCACAUUCUUGAGGAGAAAGGCUUGGGAAAAGUGUGCAUCACCGUCCAAGCUCUGGUGGACGAGACAUGCAUCAGACAGGCCCUGUUCACCUGAGAGCAUAACAGGCAGAGAUGCACAGGAAAAGUGUUUUACUGAAAUGCCUUUAGUCAAAGUGAAUUAAUGUGUGCUUCCGAAAACAUUUUUGCUUUUAAGGGACUGUAUUCCCCCCCCCACAUAAUAGUAUAUUGGUAACAUGUUCAAGCACUCACUGUCAAUUGUUUCAGAUUUAACUUGGAUCUAGAGUGUAGUUUCUGGUAUAACAGAGAGAAAUGUCCUCUAUACUGGCCUCAUGUUUAUGACCAUAAUGAAUCCUGUAUAUUUCUCAGAUCUUCCUUAAUUAUAUUUAUAUUUAUUUAUUGUAAAUUCAUCCAACAAGAUGAAUGAUGUAGCUACUGUAUACAAUGUAAGAAACCCCUUUUUUUGUAGAAUACAAGUUAAUAUAUUUUGAUAGUUGUUUUUUUUUCUGUGAGGUUAAAUGUUUUUAAUUCUUUUGGCCCCCAGCACGUAACAAUCUUUCAGAGAUGCUCAGACAUCAAGUACAGUGCUGAGAGAAAGUUAUGUUUUCGUUAGGAGUGGAUUUGUGUGCUUCUGGACUUAAACUACAGUGGUGUUGUGGUGUUCUGUUCAGGGGAGUGUGGGGAGGGGUAGUUGUUUGCAAAUAUUUUUUCUUAUUUUUAUGUCAUUGUGUCUAUGUGGGAUUACAUAUGUCAGGGUCUUUGUGUGUGUGUGUGUGUGUGUGUGUGAGAGAGAGAGAGAGAGAAAGAGAGGGUAAAGCAGGAGUUUGCACGUUAGUAUUUUAUUAGCUGGACCAGCCUACUGUUACUGUCCAAACAGCAGUCUAUGAGCAGCUGAAUAAAGUAGGUGGACAGGGAGUUCCCAUCUGACAUCCUACUCACAAAUCACUUAUCAAUGUUCAUGUUAAUGGUUUUGCGCAAUUUCUGCCAGGGUUUAUCAAAGUGCAUCCAGAGCCCGAUGCUGGCAUGUGUUCAGCAUAAACACAGCAUUAACAUGUGUAAAACUUUAAUCGCACAUCGACAUCACUGACAUGUCCAACACUACAUUUUGGCAGUAAGGGUCACAGGAUCACUAAUGAUUAGAACAGAGAGAAGGCCAUCGUCUGUGGUCCCAGCAACACGGUUCCCACAUCUCCCACCCUAAUACUAAUCCAGCCCAGCCCUGCUUGACUUCCGCAGUAAGACCGGACAUUCCUGCAGGGUAGUACAGUACAGCUGCUUAAUUAAAACUACCCACCAUUUGCACAGAAUAUCUGGAAGUUUUGCAUGAGAUGGAAGAUACGUGUACCUCAGUUUGUGUGACCCAUGUGCGGGUGAGAGGGGGAAUUUUCAGUAACUGAUUGCUGCAUGUGCACAUAAUGUAUCUGUUUUUCCACAGAGACAGCAGACCAUUCAGAAAUAACAAGACUGCAGUAUGAGUGUGACAGAGAGUGAGAGUGCAUGUACAUGUCUGUGUGCUUGUACGCUUGUGGGGAAUUGGGGUGUGUGAUCUUACUGUGUAGAGAUGCUUAUAAAUAUAGCUUAAACCACUCUUGAGAUUCAGCAGCUAAUCUUUUCACAAAACUGAUUUGUUAGUUGCCAAAAAUAAAGAAAUAAAGAAACUUAUUUUUAAAUAACACUGAUAGGAGAGUAAAAAUCUAUUUACCUUUAUAGAACACACUGAAUAAGGCAUUGCUCAGUCCAUUGUGGAAAAGUAUGAGUUUAAAAAAAAACUAUACUAUAUGUUGAAAUAAUUAUCUAUGAUUUAGGUUAAAUGGAUAAUGGUGAAAUGGUCUUGUAAUGUGAUGAGGGUUUGUGCAAGUAAAUUGUUUUUAGAACAAAUUAUGUUCAUUUCAUUAUUACUAACUUGCACAAAUUCUUACAGCAUCACAAUUAUUACCACCUAUUUUUGCUGACAAUUUGGUCAUAGAUUUGGAAUCAGGUUUUACAAAACAGUCCAACAACAUUAAUCAAAGGGGUACAAUGUUAAUGUGCAUUUCCAUGUCAGUUCUAACAAAACCAGAAUUUCCACUGGCACCACCUAGUGUUGAAGCAAAGUACUGUCAUUACGUAUGAGGGAGUGUCUCGUAUACUCAGUCUCACAGAGAGGAUGACACUUCCACAUUCCCACAAUACAGGAGCCUCGCUAAUUAACAGUUAAAUAGUCCGUAACAGUUUUGUAAAAUGUGCUUUGUUUAAAAGGCAAAAGAGUUCAGCAGUGGAGGAGGAAAAAGGUUGAGGGUAAGUGAGAGAGGUCACUAAGCUCGUCUCCCAAAAGCAGCCUCAGUCCUGCUUUUGGGAGAUGAGCUUCAUUCAAGCCGGAAGGAAUAAAAACACUAACUUAAAAGAGCUCAAUAAGAAAUGAUAUUUAUAGAAGGAUGUGUGUCCAAAACUGAUUAAGUACACUGUAGCAUAAUUCUGCCAAGAUGUUUUUUAUGAUUUAAAUAUUUUCAAUUUGAGUGCAGGCUUUUUGUUUGCAACCGUUUCGAGAAACACACUGACUCGUUUGGACAUUUUUGGAGCGCAAGGUUUAGUCAUUUGCUUAAAUGCAUUUUUCUUGUUUCAUGAGUUGCAUAAAUAUUAUAUUUGGACUGUGGAUCUUCAUAGGUGGAAUGAAUGUUAUUUUUUUAAAUUAAGGGUUUUAAAACGUAUGCUUCAAUUGUAACUGUAAAAUAAAUACUGUUUGAUAUUUUGUUAUACAUUUUAUUCCUGUGACUUUUUUUCUGUUUUAUAAGGACUUGUGAUUUAAAAUGCAUGUUCAUUCUUUGCCUUAAUGACUGUAAAUAACUGCAGAGGAAAUAUUAAUGUAACAGUAAAUCCAUUGUUUGUAUAAAGCGAAAA